AUGUUAAUUUUUAAGAGUGCAUUUGUAAUAUUUUUUGCUGCAUUCGUACUGUCAUUAAGUUCGGAAAUUGCAAAAGAUGCCAAUUCUUUGAACAUUGGCCUUGCAUGUUUGUAUGUAGCAAGUGGAGCAAUAGCUGGAAAAAUCCUAUAUGACAGAUACCAGCACAUUCAUAUACUAAGCUCACUAACACCAAAUCCAAAUGUGACUCUAUAUGUUAAUAGGGUAGCCUCAAUUUCAGCAUCAUUUCUUACUCUGGGCUUCCUAAGUCAACUAUGUCUCUUUUUAGUUAAGGUAGAUGAUACUAGUGUAAAGGCCCUUGACAUAAUCCUUUAUGGAUUUGGGACACUGUAUAUGUGGUUACAGUGUCUCCUUACAACAUAUAAUUCUACAUUAUUUUACGAGAAGAAAGUGACGGUGUUGAGACAAUGCCUAUCCAACUUGAGCUUCCUUUUUCUAGUUCUUAUGGCUAUUUUUGGGACUUUAUCUGUCUUUUUAACGCAAGGUGAUUCCAGUGUUAUGUACAUAUGUAAUAUAAUUACAACGCUGAGCAGCUACAUAUUGACAACUAUUUUCUGUAUGUUUAUUCUAACAUUUGAGAGAGAAUAUAAAUAUUUUUCUGAGGGAAUUCGCUCCGACAUGUUAAUUGAUGACGCCUGUUCACUGAACAACGCAUCACUUGACGUCGAACGCCUACUAGGGACCCAAGAGCAAACCUACAGUACAAUAAAGAGGAUAUUACCACGUACCGCUAUGUCUUGA